UGAGUGUACUUGCUUGUAGGAGUCUCUGGGUUUUGUCAGUUUUAUCUUAGCUGUUGUAUGAAGACAGUAAUCUGGAAAUCCACCUCACUCAAACUGACUUUUAAAAAUAUAUAUUACCAUUAUUGUUGUUAUUUUAAUAAGGACGAUCAUCUUUGGAGUUGUUUUUUUUCAUUCUGAGAGGCAGCCAUGAUCAGCCGUAACUUUAAGAAUGUGCUGGUGGUCUCUGUGGGGUUUCUGUCUCUGUUCACGGCCUACGGAGGACUGCAGAGUUUGCAGAGCAGUCUGAAUGCAGAGGACGGGAUGGGCGUGGCCUCCCUGAGCGUCAUCUACGCCUCCAUCAUCGUCUCCUCCAUGUUCCUGCCUCCCAUCAUGAUCAAAAACCUGGGCUGUAAAUGGACCAUUGUGGCGGGCAUGGCCUGCUACGUGUCCUACUCCUUUGGAAACCUCUACCCCGGAUGGUACACCCUCAUCCCGACCUCAGUGAUCCUGGGUCUGGGGGGCUCUCCCCUGUGGUCGGCGAAGUGCACCUACCUGACCAUCGCCGGGAACCUGCAGGGCGCCAAUGAAGGCAAGAAAGGAGCCGACGUCAUCAACCACUACUUUGGCAUCUUCUUUUUCAUCUUCCAGUCGUCUGCAGUGUGGGGAAACCUCAUGUCGUCACUCAUCUUUCAACAGGACACCAACAUAGCAAACAUCCCGGAAGAGCAGCUGCAGACUUGUGGAGCGGCUAACUGCGGCCUCAACAUCAGCCUCAACGGCACGACCACCAGACCGGCUCAGAACCUGGUGGAGAUUCUGGUCGGAUGUUACAUCGGCGUGGGUCUGCUGGCCAUGCUCAUUGUGGCGGUGUUUCUGGACAACGUCGACAGGGAGCAGUCCAGCCAGUUCCGCGGCAACCGGGAGCCCUUCUGUCAAACCUUCCUGGCUACGUUCAGACUGCUGAAGGACUGGAGGCUGCUGACCCUCAUCCCUCUCACCAUGUACAGCGGCUUCGAACAGAGCUUCCUCUCUGGGGAGUACACCAAGAACUAUGUGACGUGUGCGUUGGGGAUCCACUAUGUCGGCUAUGUGAUGAUGUGCUUUGGAGCCAGCAACUCCCUUUGCUCCUUUCUGUUUGGGCGACUCGCUCGGUACACCGGAAGAGCUGCGUUGAUCUUCCUGGCUGCUCUGGCCAACUUGGCCUGCAUCAUAGCUCUGCUGUUCUGGAGGCCCCAUCCCGAUGACCUGCCCGUCUUUUUUGUGUUUCCUGCUCUGUGGGGUAUGGCGGACGCCGUCUGGCAAACUCAGACCAACGCUCUGUACGGCGUCCUCUUCUCCCGGGACAAAGAGGCCGCGUUCGCCAACUACCGCAUGUGGGAGUCACUGGGUUUCGUCAUCGCCUUCGCUUACAGCACCUUCAUAUGUCUGGAGUACAAACUGUACAUCCUGCUGGCGGUCCUGCUGCUGACUGUCGUCACUUACCCCAUAGUGGAGUACCACGAACGCAAGCACCCCACCCCGCCCGCGGAGAAGGGCAGCCACCUGACUGACAGCAAAACCCUUCAAACGGACGAGAGCAACAUCAUUUGCCAGACACGGAUUUAGAGGCUGAUGGGGGUCUGAAACCCUGGUCUGGUUUAUGAUGCAAGUCCUGAAACGGUUAGUGGUUCCUCCUCUCAGGGAUGUUCUGUCUGGAUCUGUGCAAUCGUCAAACCAACGGAUUUCCUUCCUAUUUUUAUAAAUCACUCUACUUAAAAAAAAUGCUUAAUCGAUGUAUCAAUAGUUUUGUGUCGAAAUACACCCCUCCCCCCCCCCAUUUUGUGUGUAUUAUCCGCCUGCUCUUCCUGUUUGUGAUUUUAAGGUGAGGCAGGGGGAGGAGUGUCCAGUUUAAGGCCCUCAGAGAUCUCUGCUCUUUGCAUAUGACGCGUUUAGCUUCAUCACUUUCGCUCUUAUCAGUUGGACGUCAUUUUGGGGACAUCCAACUGAUGACAGCAGUAGCUUAAAGUGGAAAAGGCCUUAUAAUUGCACUUUAGUACAACACUUUAGUACAUGUACUUGUAUUUCACCACUGUAGCACUUUGAGAAUUAUGGAGAUUUGAGUUGUUUUUAAUGAUUUUCCAGUGACAGCAUUAAAAAUGUCUUUUUUUAACCACUUUUCAUAUUGUAAUAAAAACCUGCUGGACAUU